AUAUGCAAAGCCAGACAUCUAUUUUCGCGGGGACUUAUACCGAAGUCAACUUGCAAGGAUGGAGGAGUGCUUUUGUACCCACUGUGUCAAGCAUUUGAUCGAACACCCUGAGGACUAGAUAAAAGAAGCAACAGUGUCGGUUCACAUAUUGUGUGCGUCUGUGUAUAUAAAGAGGGAGACGGCAAGACAACCGUUUUGCUGCUGCUGCUGCUGCUGCUCGCCCCGCCCCGCCCCGCCCCGCCCCUAUUACUUUGACGAUCUCUGUCACUGGCGACUCGGAGUCGCAUCUGCAAAACGAGUCAUUGGUCUUGUGGUUACCAUGACCUUAUUGCAUGAAACCAUCCGCCUAGUGAUGUCGUGGAGAUCGGCUGGCGACCGGAGCUGAUCCACGUCUAGAGUUUGAGCACUACGUGCUCGAUGAAAUGCCCCGGUGCGGGUACAUUACACGUCUCCCCUUCCAUCUCAAUUAAAAUCUCCUUGAAAUCUCCUGGCGAGACAAUGUGGAUUGGAGCGAGCAGGAGACCGUUCGCCUAGUGCGUCUUCGAAAGUGGAGAACCAGUGGAGCUGUUCCACAUCUAGAAUUUGAGCACCAGGUGCUCGAUGAAAUGCACCGGUUGCCGGCGCAUUACACGACUCCCCUUCCAUCUCAAUUAACAUCUCCGCGAAAUCUCCUGCAAUGUGGAUCGGAGCGGGCAGGAGAGGUGCAGCCUGUUUGCUCCGCAGAAUCAAUGUUUCUCCGAGCCAGCCUGCCAUGCUCCAUGGAAUGUCUACUGCAACAAGGAGAAAUUGCGCGGCAAAUUUCAUGCUUGAAGAACUUGAAGAUGUUGGUGAGAGUAUGAGCCAAGCAAAGAGCUCGGUGAUGUCUCUUGCAAAGAGCUUAGCUUGCCUCCCUGACGAAUUCCUUGCCUCCAAAGAGAAGAGGCCAUUGACUCGGAUGGAGCACAAGCGCCAUAUCGAACUUGGCAUUAAGAAGAGGGUGAAAGCACAGUACUCCAAUGGAAAAUAUCACGGGCUAAUGAGUAAAGUCGUUGCUAAUGCUGACACCCUCCAUGACUCCUAUGAUAUGAUUAGACUCAACUCUAAUAUCAUGUUGACAUCGAAGAAGGAUGAUAUUUGUUUCAGCUCUUUAGCAGAACAGCUAGCAAGUGGGGAGUUUGAAGUGCAAUCAAACGCUUUGUCGAUCGCAGCAAAGACUAAGUGUAAAGAUUGCUUGGUCCUUCCUAAGCUGAAGCUGAGAAUUGUGCAAGAGGCAAUAAGAUUGGUGCUAGAGGUGGUUUACAGACCACAUUUCUCCAAAAUAUCCCAUGGUUGUCGCAGUGGAAGAGGGCAGAUAUCAGCUUUGAAUUACGUCGGCAAAGAAAUCGGUGUACGUGAUUGGUGGUUUAGAUUGUUCAUCAAUAAGGAGGCUGAUCAGAGAGUUCUCUCUAAGCUUAUGUCUGAAAUGAACGACAAGAUCGAGGAUUCCGAGCUAUUGAGUUUCAUCCAGAGCAUGUUCGAUGCUAGAGUGCUGAAUCUCGUUUUCGGAAGCUUCCCCAAGGGCCAUGGUCUUCCUCAGGAGGGAGUUCUCUCACCUAUUCUGAUGAACAUAUAUCUGGACAACUUCGAUCAUGAAGUGUUUGGGAUAUGCAUGAGAUACGAGGGGCUUGGUACAGAAACUGGUGACAGGAAAGAUGCCCAAAGCUCAAAACUGCGCAGUUGGAUACGAAAACAAAUUAAAGAGAGCGACGAUAAAAGUGUUGACCGAGUGAAUGAUGGUGCAGGGACAAGAAUUUCUGCUUGCAGAUACAUGGAUGAAAUCUUUGUUGCAGUUUCAGGUUCGAAAGAUACUGCAAUGAAAAUAAAGGCUGAGAUUGUGAGUUAUCUAAAGAACACACUUAAUUUAGAUGUAGAAGAUCGGAUGGAUCUUUCAGCAAUUAGAGAGAAUUCUCGCGGGAUUCAGUUUGUUGGGACAGUGGUCAGGCUGACCACUCCAGCAAGUGCUGAACUGAGGGCAGUUCACAAAUUGAAGGACAAGGUCAGGCUUUUUGCUUCUCAGAAGCAGGAAAUCUGGGACGCUAUGACACUUCGAAUCGGUAAGAAGUGGCUGGCAUAUGGUUUGAGGAGGAUCAAAGAAUCGGAGAUCGAGCAGCUUGGUCUUAGCACUCCAUUGCUGGAUCACAUCUCCCAAUUUCGUAAGGAUGGCAUGAAAACAGAUCAUUGGUUCAAGUCCUUGCUCAAGAUCUGGAUGCAGGAUGUGAAUGCAAAUAUUGAAUCUAGCGAGGAGGUACUUCUUUCCAAGUACAUUGCAGAACCGGCAUUGCCACAAGAUCUGCGCGAUGCAUUUUACGAUUUCCAGAAGCAAGCCAACGAAUAUGUUUCAUCAGAGACGGCUGCCAUUGUUGAGCUGUUGCACCGUCCUUGCUCACACCCUAAACCUUCCACUCAGGGAGCAGUCACCAGAUUGGAAGCUCCCAUGAACUCCAUAAAGAGAAGUCUUCAUCGAUACGGUCUGAUCAACCUCGAAGGCUUCCCAAGGCAUGUAUGCAUGCUCAUGUUACAAGAUGAUGAACUAAUCAUAAGCUGGUUCGCAGGUCUAGUUCGGCGGUGGCUGAAAUGGUAUUCCAAGCUCGAUAAUUUCGGAGAUAUUAAGCUCUUGAUGGUGGAAUGUGUCAGAAAAUCUUGCAUUCGGACUCUGGCAGCAAAGCACCGGAUGCAUGAAGUUUUGGUCGAGAAGAAGUUCGAGUUGGAGCAGCAUGGGAUCCCGUUGACAGAAGACAUGGAUACCGAUAACACAGUGAUGGAAUCUGACGACGAUGAAUCUUUGAUGUUUGGGAUCUCUGGUAGCGGAUUGUGUCUUCUAUCAUUGUCCAGAGUGAAAGUCCCAGCUCGGGUGUUCAAUUGCUUUGUUAUGGGAUGCACCAUGGCAUCUCCGAGUAUGUACACCCUUCAUGUCAAGGAGAGGCAAAGGUUUCCGGGAUGGAGGACUGGAUUCGCAACAUCAAUUCAUCCUAGUUUGCAUGGAAGACGUAUUGGCUUGUGCAGUCAGCACGUCAAAGAUUUGUAUUUAGGAAAUAUAUCACUUCAAAAUGUUGAGUUUGGUGCUCUGAGUAGGUAGAAGCCCUCUGGAUUUCGGAUUUUCGGAAUUCUUAGGGUUGUUUGCUCAAAGAUGUUCGAGUUGAUCAGCAAAGUACAACACCAACCAGUAGCACGA